AUGUCUUCACAUUGUGAAAUACGUGGUGAUUUAACAUGUUCAACAAUGUAUCAUGGUGGUAUGCAACGCUCACGUCUUAUUCCACGAAGACAUUUAUUAUUUUCUAAACAUAUAUUUAUGCUUAAAUGUAAUGGUGUACAAAAUCGUAAUAAAUCUUAUAUUGAAACAAAUACUUUAAUAAGUGAUCAAUCAACAAUUUAUUCCGACACAGGUAAUGGAAUGGAACAAGAUCCAAUGCAAGUUUUAGUUAAUCAAUGGGAUAUUGGAGAAGGUCGAUUACGUCCGAGACCAGCAUUCAAAUAA